CCUGACUCGGCUCAGAUCCGUUUCGGCAACCUUGGCUUCAAAUAAAGCUUCCCAUCAGCCCCGGGUUCUUUUUCUUGUUGCUGCCUUCUACUAGUGGUGUUGGUAUUGAGAUUGACACAUUAAUUCCUGCAUAUUGUCUCCAUUGGAACUGGAACACCUUUCAAGGAUUGAUAUCUCAUUCGCUUGCUGAGCUGUGAUUAUUAGGAUUAUUGCAGGUCCUGAAAUUAAAAAUUUUAAAGAGAUUUUCGUGCUGCUUUUUCUGCUUCAAUUUUGGUGGAGGGAAAUUGCAGAGAAUGGAAUUGUUGAUCACAAUCGCUGGUGUGAUUGCGGAGCAUGCAUGGGUCCCCAUUAGCCAGCGCAUUGGUUACCUUAUUUGCUACAAAAGCAACAUUGAGAAGCUGGAGAGCACAUUUAAUGAACUAGAUGAUCUUCGGAAGGAUGUCCAGGGAAAGGUUGAUGCAGCGAGGCGUGAAAGACUUGAAGAGGUCAAACCUGUAGUUCAAACUUGGUUUACGGAUGUAAACACAAUGGAAGGAGAGGUGAAGAGAAUCAAAGAUGAAGCUUCGGCGAUGCCCAACAAUUGCUUUCUUCACAUAAACUUGCACUAUAAACUUGGAAGUGAGGCUGCUCAUCAUAUGAAAACUACUGGUGAACUUAUAAGAAAAGGCAAUUUUGAUAGUGUGUCUCAGAAGCGCCCACCCCCAAGCACUACCGAUUCACUGUUAUUUAAUGAAGGCUACACAAUUUUCCAUUCAAGGAAGUCCCGUGAGAAGAAAAUACUUGAAGCAUUGAAGGAUGAAGCUGUGUACUUAAUUGGGCUUUGGGGCAUGGGAGGAGGAGGAAAGACAACAUUAACGAAAGAAGUAGCGAAGCAAGCCAAGGAGCAAAAGUUGUUUGAUGAAGUGGUGAUGGUUACUGUCUCACAAAACAUAGAUCUAAAGAGAAUUCAAACUGACAUAGCAGAGAUUUUGGGUUUGGAUCUCAAAGAAGAUAAUGUAGACGUAAGAGCUGGCAAGCUUGCAGACAGAUUAAAAGGUACAGAACAAAAAAUAUUGGUGAUAUUAGACGAUUUAUGGGAGAUGUUGGAUCUGUCAAAGGUUCGGAUUCCACGUCCACAGAUGGGUUCCACCUGCAAAGUGGUGAUCACAACAAGAAACAAAGCUGUCUGUAACAGUAUGAGUUGCCAAGAGAUGGUUGAAUUGAAGACAUUAACAGAUGAAGAAUCUUGGAGUCUAUUCAGGAGUAGAGCAGGGGAUGCAGUGGAGUCCCCCACAAUAAGGGAAUUGGCAUGGAAUGUGGCCAAAGAGUGUGCUGGUCUGCCUCUGGCACUGGUGGUUCUUGGCACAGCACUAAAAGGCAAGAGUCCUGAGAUUUGGGAGGCAGUGUUGAUGGGGCUGAAAACGUCGAAGGAGGUUGAUCUCCCAGGUGUGAGUAAACAUGUUUUUCAAUCCAUCCAACUGAGUUUCAAUUUCUUAGAGAGUGAGGCAGCCAAGUCUUGCUUCUUGCACUGUUGUCUGUAUCCUGAAGAUUGGAAUAUUCCUAUAGAAGAAUUAAUGCCUAUAAUGGUCGGAGGGGGCCUCUUAGCUACAGGUGAAACUCUAAACGAAGCACAACGCAAAGUGUAUGUACUGCUCGACCAGCUAAAAGCUUGUGGUUUGCUUCUUCAAGGUUUGUCUGAAGGCUAUGUAAGAAUGCAUGAUGUUGUUAGGGAUGUGGCGAUGCAAAUAAGUGCAAAAGAUCACAUGUUCUAUGUAAGAGCUGGGCGAGGCUUUGUAGAGUGGCCAAGAACUACUGAAAGUCAGAUGAGAAAUUGCCAACGGCUUUCACUGAUGGACAAUGAUAUUAAAGAUCUUCCUCCUGAUCCAAUGGAGUACCCAAAACUUGAGAUGUUGAUCCUGAGAGGCAAUAGCAGGUUAUCAAGCAUCCCAGAAAUGUUCUUCCUACACAUGGGAUCUCUGAUGGUUCUUGACUUGAGAAAUACCAGUAUUGUAUCGCUUCCAAAAUCACUCUCUUGUCUCACUAAUCUCAGAGUAUUGAACCUGAGAAAUUGUUAUCGUUUAAAUGAUAUAUCUCACAUUAAUGGGUUGAAGAUGGUUGAAAUGUUUAUUUUGGAAGAUUCUCCGGUGUCCAUUGCUCCAGAAGGUGUAGCUUGGGUACAGAAUGUGAGAUUUGUUAAUUUGGGUUGUUCAAUGGAUAUUUCACCUUCCCUCGUUGAUUACUUUUCCAACGAAUUGCCAAGAUUUCACAGGCUAGAACAGCUGUUCAUGAGCAAGUUUGCAGGUAGCUUUCGAGAGUUGUUAAAAUUGAGGCAUCUAACUCACCUAUUCAUUGCAGAAGCGAUGGACUUAGAUGUUCCCUUAUCACAUGAACUAGUCUCAACAAGUUCUCUGCCUGAUCAACUUCUAAAAUUCGGCCUUUCUUUUGUCCCAGACCAGCCAUGGUAUUGGUCUCUUCCCAGUGAUAGAAGAGGUUUGAAACUGAUGGGAACCAAACCCUUGGCUGUAUGGGUCAAGAGAUUACUUGAAAAAACAAUAGAGUUGGUAUUAGCAGAAUUCCAGGGAGCUGAACUCAUUUCCAUCAAAAGCAGUAUCCCAUGGCUUAAGCUCUCAAGUUUGGAGUAUCUUCAUGUUGUCAACUGGCCAAAUUUGACCAAGUUGUUGGGUGAUCAGGAAUUAUUGCAUGAACAAAUCCCCCUCAGCCAACUCAAAACGAUGAUCAUAGACGAUUGUCCCACGUUGACCAGUUCAGUACCAUCAAACAUUUGGCAGAAACUAGAGCAUCUAAGUGUUAAGGACUGCCCUAUGAUGCUGGAACUGUUUCCAAGACGUCAUAAAGCCCACGACAUAAACCUGCGGCUACAGAAUGUAUUACAACCAUUCCAAUGCCUGCCAAACUUGAAGCGCUUGUAUAUCAAUAAUUGUGGUGUGAGAUAUGUGCUUUCAUUUGAGAGGGAGACAGUGACAACGGCAGACCCUUUUCCAACACUAGAGGUGCUUCAUAUUGAGAAAUGCCAGAAGAUGACUGAGAUCAUCUCUCCUUGUACAUCUAUGCAAGUCCUGUGCUUCUGCCUGGGACUAAGAGAUCUCGAGAUCAAUUCAUGUCCAAGACUUACGCAUGUUUUCUCCUACAAGCAAGCAAAAAGCAUGCAACAUUUGAUUAAUCUUUCUAUAACAGAUUGUGUUGCAUUGAAGGCUGUGGCGAUUUCCAUGGAAAAUAAAGAGGAAGCAUCUGCAAGCACAUCCACACAUGCUGCUGAUCAUGAAUCUUAUAGGCUUUUCCCUAAUUUGAGACAACUCGAGAUCAAUUCAUGUCCAAGACUUACGCAUGUUUUCUCCUACAAGCAAGCAAAAAGCAUGCAACAUUUGAUUAAGCUUUCUAUAACAGAUUGUGUUGCAUUGAAGGCUGUGGCGAUUUCCAUGGAAAAUAAAGAAGAAGCAUCUGCAAGCACAUCCACACAUGCUGCUGAUCAUGAAUCUUAUAGCCUUUUCCCUAAUUUGAGACAACUCGUCCUAUAUAAUCUGCCUCAACUCACUGGCUUCCAUCACCCGGCAGCACCGCCCAUGGAGUGGUCAGGUCUUCAUAGUUGCAAGAUACACGGCUGCCCAAAACUACAGUAGCCUUUUCAAGAACCAAUUCAAUCACUACGUAAAUAACAUGUAUUCCAUCUGCUUUUAUUAUGAAGCAAAUGGAAUGCAACAUUCGGAAGAACUAAAUGUAGAAGACGUUCUGCAUUGGAGAGAAUUGUGGUUUCUGAAGGAGAAGAAGAACAAGUUGAUGAAUGCUUGUUUCCUCUGUUGAAGAAGCUUGCAAGAACUCACUGCCAUACUACCCUUAGUGACAGACGGUGGCGUGGGAGUUGGGCCCUCUCUGGAUGAGUGACUUUCAGGUUCUGGUUGUGUUUGCUUGGUGGUUUGGUUGCGUAUUGUUUCAAAUUUCUGCUGGUGUUUAACUACUGAUUGUUAAUUUGUUUUAUUUGUUUGUGCUUUGUUGCUUUUGACAUGUGGUUGUUGUCAUUGCUUCUAUUUAUUUGGGGAUUUUGAAUUAAACACUAUUGUAAUGCAUUGUGGGCAUCACCUCCGGUACUAUUUUAUCAUA